GGGAGGGAGGGAACGGAGGAGGAGGAGUUUCCCCCCUUGUGAGUGCCGAAACCCUGCUCUGCAUUCCGGCGGAGCGCACACGCACACACCGGCCGCAGACACAAUCCCCGGGCCCCUAACACUUUGUUCUUUUACCUCAAAAAGUAAAAGACGGGAGGAAAAAGUUUCUCCGGGUGCUUUUUGUUUUUUCUUGUUUCUGUGUUGUUGUUUUCUUCGCUCUGGUUGUGGAAUGGUUUACUUUUCCCGUGAGGAGAGCUUUCUAAACUGUGAGAGAAGGUGCUUUAAUUCCGCUCUUUAAGCAGGUUCCAGCCCUAAGUAUCCUACAGCUGUAAGUCCAGACUGUCGGUGCACCAUGGUGAUCAUGACAGAAAACAGCCAUGCGGCUCCGUCGGGCGCUUCACAGGGAAGGCCUCUGCAGGUCGGCUUCUACGAGAUCAUCCGCACCCUGGGGAAGGGCAACUUUGCCGUGGUGAAACUGGCCAGACAUAAAGUCACCAAAACGCAGGUGGCCAUUAAGAUCAUCGACAAGACCAGACUGAACCCUUCCAACCUGGAGAAAAUUUACAGAGAAGUGCAGAUUAUGAAGCUGUUAAACCACCCUCACAUCAUCAAGCUUUACCAGGUCAUGGAAACCAAAGACAUGCUGUACAUUGUGACAGAGUACGCGAAGAAUGGAGAAAUGUUUGACCACUUGACCUCAAACGGCCGUAUGAGUGAAGACGAGGCGCGGAAGAAGUUCUGGCAGAUUCUCACAGCUGUGGACUACUGCCACCGACACCACAUCGUUCACCGUGACCUAAAAACUGAGAACCUGUUGCUGGACGCCAAUAUGAAUAUCAAACUGGCUGACUUUGGGUUUGGAAACUUCUACAACGCCGGGGAGCCUCUGUCCACGUGGUGCGGCAGCCCGCCUUACGCUGCCCCCGAAGUGUUCGAGGGGAAAGAGUACGAGGGGCCUCAGCUGGACAUUUGGAGUCUCGGAGUCGUGCUUUAUGUGCUCGUUUGUGGAUCUCUUCCAUUCGACGGACACAGCCUUCCUGCUCUCAGACAGAGAGUCACCGAGGGACGAUUCAGAAUCCCCUUCUUUAUGUCUCAAGACUGUGAAAACCUGAUCCGCAAGAUGCUGGUGGUGGAUCCGGCCAGGAGGAUCAGCGUGGCCCAGAUCAAGCAGCACCGCUGGAUGCUGGCCGACCCGACAGCCGCCACCCAGACCCUCAGCCACUCUCUGACGGAGUACAACUCCAACCUGGGCGACUACAGUGAACCCGUGCUGGGCAUCAUGAACACACUUGGCAUCGACCGCCAGAGGACCAUCGAGUCUCUGCAGAGCAGCAGCUACAAUCACUUCUCUGCUAUCUACUACCUGCUGCUGGAGAGAAUGAGAGAGCAUCGUGCCCAGCAGCUGAGCCGCCAGUGUGGAACCUGGAGCCAGAGACCCAGGAGCACCUCAGACUCUACAGGUCCAGAGGUGAUCAUGGAGGCCCCUGAUAGCUUAACAACCACAACAUUUUCAACUUCACUCAAAUGCGCUCCUCCAGUGUACUCAGAAAAGGAGUAUGACCAAUGCGGAUUAUUCCAGCGGGUGGUGUUUCCAGUCGAGGCCAGCCUCAACAGGCUGCUCUGGAAUCGCUCCAUUUCACCCAACAGCCUGCUGGAGACGAGCAUCAGCGAGGAGGUGCGACCCAGAGACCUGGAGGAGGAGGAGGCGACGCAAAGUCUCGGGCCCCUGCUCCCUCCGACGACCACCUCCCGCCGACACACUCUGGCUGAGGUGUCCGCCCGUUUCCACCAGUGCCACCCUCCAUGUAUCGUGGUCAGCCCCUCAGAUGGUGCCUCUUCUGACAGCUGCCUCAAGUCCUCAUCUAGUCCAGCCCCCAUUUUGCCGGCUGCUAUGGGUGAUAUAUCAAAACUUCUGGCCUCUGGGGCUGAAGGUAGAGCUCUGCUACCUGCUGGAACGUCUCUGGCCUUCUCCUCCCAUCUCCUCCCCCAGGCCCAGGGCAGCCUUCCUGCUGUUAGCUUCCAGGAGGGCCGCAGAGCCUCAGACACCUCCCUCACACAAGGCCUCAAAGCUUUCCGCCAGCAGCUGAGGAAAAACACACGCACCAAAGGGCUUCUGGGAUUAAAUAAGAUUAAAGGUCUGACGAGGCAAGCUGCUCCUCCGGCGUCCUGUAACCGCGGCAGCCGAGGGUCAAUUGGUCCCGCCCUCUCCGAACACCGCAGCAUGCUGGUGGAGGUGCUGCACCAGCAAAGGAUGCUACAAAUCCAGCACCAGCCUCAACCUCAAGUCCAAGCUGCUCAGACGGGACCUGCCCAGAAUCCGCUGCUCUUCCUGGCCCAGAACCAGUCGCCCUCUCCUCAACCCACAACCGUAUUUGCUUCCUCCUCCAUGUUUGACACCCAGACGCCCUCUGCUCUGCCUCCUCAGCAAACUUCAGUAAAUCUACAGCAAAGUCCCUGGCAACAAACUCUCGACAACUCCUCCUCCUCCUCCUGCUGCUCCUCGUCCUCCUCCUCCUCCUCGUCCUGCUACUCCUCGUCUCUGUCCCCCGUGGCCUCCGCUGCUUUCCUUCUCGAGGCUCAUCUGCACAUCAGCCAGCAAACCCACCCCCAUCCCACCGCCAGCAUCCAACAGCAGCCCCAGUCUGCAACACAAGGCCCCUUCCCCAUUGUUUCCAAACCAGCGGUGUGGAGCACAGAUCCCAACAUGCAGGAGUUAUGUCUGGCUGCACAGCAGCAGCACAAUAGCUGCGUGAUGGUGAAAUAAAACAUCAGCCGUCAAGCCUAGGGGCUGCUGCUCUCUGAGGAAGAGGCACGCUGCAAAAAAUCAAGACUUUACUUUGAGCUGGAAAAGAAAGAGAAGAUGAAAGAACAAAACAAGCAACUCUACUGAACCACAUGUGAGAAUGUGUCCACACAUGUUGAUAUCAUGUAAGCUAAAGACUAAGCAAUAACCAAACUCUGGACAAGGCAUUGAAGCUGUAUCAGACUCCCAGAGAAGCAAUAAUAGACUGAAAGACUCUCAUCCAGCUCCCCGAUGGACUUCCCUUGAACGAGAUGAGAGCCGACGUAAGCUGACACAACUGUGUGUCACAUGUUUUUCCUGCUGUAUAAGUCAACUUCUGUUUGUUUUUUUUAUACUGGAAGGCUUCCUCUUCCUCAUUCAUUUUUUUUAGUCACUCUUUGUGUAAUUUCCUGUUUUUGAUUUUUUCACUUGACUGGACAUAAGACCAAAAUGUUUUUUUUGUUCCGUUCUUUAUUCCCUGAUUUUGUUCGCCUUUCUAAAGAGACAUUUCUCUGUAGCAGUGCGAUGAACACACAGAAUAGUGCCCUAAGCUUACAAAAAACGCUCACUGAAGGACUUGCUUUUUGAGUUGUAUAAAAGAACUGUGAUUUUUUUCUGUACAAGAUAGCAUAGUUACGCAAAUACUGCUUUACCUCAUGCUGCAAAAACAGACUGCUACAGUACAUCCAAAUCAGCUAAUCCACUAGAGGAUAGUGUCUGGCUGAUUGGACAAAGCACAACAUGUACUUCAGUCGGCUUAGUAGCACUUUACACGUGUGCAUACAUGUACAGUAUACCUUUAUCCUGCAUUUGAGAAGAACCAUUUUUAGAUGCUUUUACUACCUCCUCAGGCAAGACAUUGGAAACAGAAAAACCUGUAAAAAAGAAAAACCCUACUAAGAGCAUGUUGUCAGCAUGAGUAUAUCAGAGGGAUGGCAACUCUCACAUGGGCAGAACAAAGACAGUGGGAACAGUGCAAUAUUUCACAUUGAAAUACAAAUGAAAGGCUCUACAUAGGAUUAUCAAAUUGUACAUGCAUCAAUGUCUGAGGUUUUUUAUAUUAUUUUUUUUUGUUUGUUUUUGCUGUGCUAGCUGACUGCUAUAGGUACGACUUAUGUAGUGUCAACAUGAUACUGUAGAAAACGAGAGAAAAGUCAUUUUAAAAUGCUGUUUCUUCUCAUAGCGUGCUUGUAGUUGUUAAACUGAAUCAUUUGGGUUUUACCAAAGAGAAAACAGCACGACAGCUGGGUGAUCUACCAUAGAUACACUACUGACUUUUUCACUUUCAGCGCUGUCUCAAAUUGUAGCACGGUGGCUAGCUGUGCUUUUUUCACAUGAACUACUUAGCUUUGCUGUGAGAAGACUUCUGCUGCCACCAAAUCCUCGAGCUACACGUGUUGUUAAUAUCUCGAUGCUUUUACUACGAGGACCACGAUGGUAUUCAUUUUUUGUACUUUUCUAAAAAAAAAAAAAAAAAAACUGAACAUAGCAAUACCAUGAUGUGCUGUUGAGUCGGUUUGAGGACAUAUUAGACAGCUGUGGUAGAUGUGUGAUACUGUAAGCAUAGUUAGUUCUCUCAUAUCUUGAAACAUCUUGUAGGAGAGCAGUGUUUUUUCCAAACCCAGUACUAAUUUGGAAACAUGCAGUGUUGAUAUUUCUAUCUAACAAUUUUUUGGUUGGCUGCACUCACUACCAACACUUGUGCCUUUUAUCUGAACAAAACCUGCAGGAUCAGAGGUCUCCAUCUCUGAUCGCUUCACUGAAGAAAGAUGAAUGGCUCGGUGACUCUCCAUUCACUCAGAAGACCCCUUUUGAUAACUUUACUGAUAAACUCUCUUCACUGACUCUGACCUUUGAAGUUGCUGUGGAAACAGAAGCAAGAAUUGCACUUUAUUCAUAUUUCUUAUUAAUCAUUCUUUGUUUCUCAUGACAUAAAAAACACUAAGACUCGAUGCAAAUCUCUAAGGUGAUCCAUUUUGACAAACAUUGGAUAAGAAGUAUUUCAUUUUAAUAUUUUUUUUCUGUUUGUUACUUGACUGUGUGACAAUGUAUGUAUGUAUGUACAGUAUGUAUGUUGUAGCUCUUUAGUAAGUUUGUGUGUGUGUGUGUGUGUGUGUGUGUGUGGGAAGGACGAGACAGAAAGCAAUAUGAAAUGACAAAGAUAUCGGUUCAAGAAAGGUUGUUUAUUUAUGUGGCUAUUUAUUUAAUAAAUAAAGAUUCACUUCCUAAACUA